AUGGCAAUAUUACUUAUGAUCAACCUCGAUUAUCAUAAAGCCUCUUUAUCUUUUUCACAUGCGAAGCCAAUCCUAGACACAUCUUCACACAACAACCAAAGUCGCCGUGUAUCCUACGAAAUUCCUGUACUAUCAAAAACCUAUAGAUUUGAAGAAAGAUCUUAUACAACCCAGCGAUCCCACCGUUCUCAUUUUUCGCAAGACAACACUUUACAAUUUUCAACAACCCCAAGAUUUGACGAAGGAUUUUUAGCUAAAUAUAACUGUAUACUCUAUUAAGGAAUUUCACCUGUGAUUAAGAGAAAAACGAAGGAAGAAAGAAAAUCUUUAAAUGAGCGGAUUCGGAAGAAUAAAGAUAUGACUGUAUAUGUACCUGUAAAUAAAGAAAAGGCUAUGAGAGAAACCUUUAGAAAGAAAUGGGAACACUUAGAGAUCACUAAAAGAGCUCAUUCCGCAAUUUUGAAAGAAGUGAAACAGCAGAAGCAGGAGGCGUGGGUUGAUAAGUUUAGGAGGUAUGAUAUGAGGGUUAGAAAAGAUGUAAAAAUAAUAUAGGAAGCUAAACAGCUGAAAGUAGCUUGAGCUGUUUUAUAUUCAAGUUUAGGAGCUGCUUGAGUUGUAGCAAAUCUCAUAAAAAAUCGUUGAAGAUUGCAUAAAAGGGCUGAAAAAUCAUUAACUUGACUCAAAGGUCUUAGCCGUGCUGUAGGGAAGAUCAUAAUGGUCCUUAAAGAAAUCAGAAGAAAGAGGAGCAUCAGAGUAGCUUUUAUAUAGGUUUUGAAGCUGAGGUUUAUAUUUCACUUAAAGUGCUGACUCAUAAGGAGAAGAAAACGAUAUUUAAGAAUGAAAGUUUCGCUAUUUGAAAAAGUGAUCGCACAAUAUACAUUUUUACAAUUAAUGAGCAAGUGGAAGCAGGCUAUAUUAAAAAUUCAGAGGAUAUGGAAACGCUGUUUAGUGUCUUCCAGACUUCUGAACUUGAAAUUGCUAGAAAAAUGAAAUAAAGCAGAAAUUGAAGACCAGAAGAGACAGCCAGAAAGCAGGACAAAGAAACGGAAAAAAACACAAACAAAUAGAGUAGUUAGGGCUACUAGGCCACCAGAAAAAGAAAUUAUUCCUGAGUAUGUAAAAAUUCUUUAUAUCAGAGAGUUUAAAAAAGAUAAAAUUAAGAAACAUACAUUAGAUUGAAAGUUUUAUAGGCAGGGCAUAGAAAUUUUUAUGACACUUAAUGUAAGUCAAUGAAGAAAUGAAGAUGAAGAAGCUCAGAAGCCUCCUGCCCCGAUCAAUUUUUACGAAGAAUUUACGAAUGAUAUUAUUAAUGAUUGCAUUCUAAAAGCACAAGCUGAAAAAAUACUUUGGAAAACGAUGGCAGAGACCGAAGAAAAUAAUAUCAGACUUUCCAGGAUGGAAAAUUUAUUGUAA